AUCCAGCAGUCUUUCCGCCUUCAUGUGCAGCGCUGAGCAGCGUAUCAUGAGCGUGUGUUGUAAUUGUGUCCAUGAACCGCUGGGCGAGACUGUGCUCUCUGUGAAUAGGAGGGGAGAUGCUGGAUUCGGGAGAAGGUCCGCCAUUAUUGGGAAGCAGAAAAAAAUAGACUUAAACACAACGUCACACAUUUAUCCUGCAAGGGGCUUAACAUCAGAAAGGAAAAUCCAACGCUUUCCUACGGGCUGCUGUUCCUCUGAAUGCAGCGCUUUGCUUAAAUCAAGCCACAGCUUCCCGUCGCGUUUCCUCACGGACUCUUUUAUUUUUUGACACAACAAAGGAAAUAAUAAUUGGUCAAAACAACGUGGUGGUGAAGCAAGAAGGGAAAACACACCGAAACAGCCUUUCCCAACGCCUCCCCCUUUUUUCUCUUCGCAACACAGCCGAGCUGGAAAAGACUUGGAGUUCAUUUUUUUUCUUUUCCUUUUCCUGAUCACAAUUUAGUUGUUUGUUUGUUUUUUUCAGAGAGAGAAAGGAGAAACAGCUAUGCAUGUUUGAAAACUUCAGACUGGUGAAAACGAGCGCUUAAUGUGGGAAGCGAUGGACAGACGGCGUGUUUGCUGAGAGAAAAAAAGCGGAAAAUAAUCGAUGUGAGCGCUUGCAGGGAGUGUUUUUGUCUGGUUUUUAAAGUCUUUCCCCGGCUGUGGGUCGCAGAGGAGCAGAGAGAGGAAGAAAGGAGUGGACGAGGAGCUGGAGACACAGGAAUGAUAUGGGUCAGACCUCCGCCCAGUGAGCUCCUCUUGCAUGGAAGCCCUGCUUCAUUGGCAGCCUUCUCCUCUCCCUAGAGCUAGCAGCCAGAAUGGCAGGAUGAGCCUCUGCCAGCGACGAUGAUGGCCAAAAAGCAAGAUGUCCGGGCACCCACCUACAACCUGGUCGUGGUUGGGCUGUCCGGCACGGAGAAGGAGAAAGGCCAAUGUGGUGUGGGCAAGUCCUGCCUGUGUAACCGCUUUGUCCGACCAAGUGCGGAUGACUUCUAUCUAGAUCACACGUCCGUUCUCAGCACCAGUGACUUUGGAGGCCGUGUGGUGAACAAUGACCACUUCCUGUUCUGGGGAGAGGCUGGGAGAACGGUGGAGGAGGGACCAGAAUGCCGUAUGAAUGUGGUGGAGCAGACGGAGUUCAUUGAUGAUCAGACGUUCCAGCCGCACCGUAGCACGGCGCUCCAGCCUUACAUCAAGAGGGCAGCUUCCACCAAGCUGGCUUCGGCUGAAAAGCUGAUGUACUUCUGCACAGAUCAGCUGGGGCUGGAGCAGGACUUUGAGCAGAAGCAGAUGCCUGAAGGCAAGCUUAUGGUGGAUGGCUUCUUACUCUGUGUGGAUGUUAGCAGGGGUAUGAACCGUAGCUUUGAGGACCAGAUGAAGUUUGUUACCAACCUGUAUAACCAGUUAGCCAAAACGAAGAAGCCUGUGGUACUGGUUCUCACCAAAUGUGAUGAAGGAGUUGAGCGCUAUAUUAAGGACUCACACACCUUUGCCCUAGCCAAGAAGAACCUACAGGUGGUAGAAACAUCAGCACGCUCUAAUGUCAAUGUUGACCUGGCCUUUCUUACACUGGCUCAGCUAAUAGACAAGAGUAGGGGAAAGCCUAAGAUUAUCCCUUACUUUGAGGCACUGAAACAGCAGAGUCAACAGAUUGCCUCAGCCAAAGACCGCUAUGAGUGGCUGGUCAACCGAAUUGUGAAGAACCACAAUGAGACGUGGCCAGCGGUCAGUCGCCGAAUGCAGACAGCCCCCGAGUAUAAGGAGUAUGUUUUCCUUGAGGGCACAGCUAAAGCCAAGAAGCUCUUCCAGCAGCACGUGCAUAGACUGAAACAAGAGCACAUAGAGAAACGCAGGAAGGCCUAUCUAAGUACUCUGCCACAGGCCCUGUCUGUACUGUUGCCAGAGUUGAGUGAGAUAGACCAUCUGAGCUGGUCUGGGGUUCAGAAAGUCCUGGAGACAAAGAGAGAUUUCUCCCAGUGGUUUGUAGUCCUAGAUGAUACACCUUGGGAGAUCACGCCACACAUUGAUAACAUGGAGGACGAUCGAAUCCCCCAGGACCUCCUGGAGACCGCAGCAGCUGAAGCUAUCUGUGAGGUCCAUCGGGAGCAGCUAAGGAAUGAGCGCAAAAGGGCUGAGAUAAGAUGGGAGUUCAAGGAGAAGUUAAGUGUCUCUCCUUUCAUCACACCAGGGAAACCGUGGGAGGAGGCCCGAAGCUUCAUCAUGAAUGAAGAGUUCUAUCAGUGGCUCGAUGAAGUUGAAUAUCUGGAUAUCUACAACAAACAUCAGAAGGAAAUCAUUGAUCGGGCCAAAGAGGACUUUCAGGAACUGCUUCUUGAAUACUCUGAGCUGUUUUAUGAGCUAGAAGUGGAUGCAAAACCAAGUAAAGAGAAAAUGGGAGCCAUUCAGGAGCUGUUGGGUGAGGAGCAAAGAUUUAAAGCUCUGCAAAAGCUACAGGCAGAAAGGGAUGCUCUAGUAUUGAAACAUAUCCACUUUGUCUACCACCCAACAAAGGACACUUGUCCCAACAGCCCCCACUGUGUGGACAGUAAGAUAGAGCAGAUACUGGCAUCCAGAUUCCCCACUCGCUAUCCAUCAUCAGACUGGAUUGGAGGGAGGGCUGAGCGGAUAAAUCUUGUCAUCUUGGGGAGAGAUGGGCUAGCUAGAGAAAUGGCAAAUGAGAUAAGAGCCUUGUGCACCAGUGACGACCGGUACGUGUUAGAUGGCAAGUUGUACGAGUUAGCUCUUCGUCCCAUAGAGGGGAAUGUACGUCUGCCAGUCAAUUCUUUCCACACACCAACCUUCACACCCCAUGGUUGCUUAUGUUUGUACAAUUCAAAGGAAUCCCUCUCCUAUGUUGUUGAGAGCAUAGAGAAGCUUAGAGAGUCAACUAUUAGCAGAAGGGAAAGGGAAAACAGCUUAGCGCAGCUCCCACUGUCCCUCCUUCUGUUCACCAAGCGGGGGGUCGGGUCCAUAGGAGAUAUUGGGGGGGAGACAGCUCAAACUCUUAUACAGCAAGGGCAGCAGGUGGCGGUAAAGCUGCAGUGUGCCUACCUAGACCCUGCCUCCCCUGGCAUGGGUUAUGGCCGCAAUGUCAACGAGAAGCAGAUCAGCCAGAUGCUGAAGGGCCUCCUAGAAUCACGGAGAAGCAUAGGUAGCAGCUCCCCUCCCUUACCUCCACCAUCCUCUGCCUUCAGAGACUCUCAGUCCCAGCCAGCGCUUGAGGCAGACUUGAGGAUAGUCAUCUGCCUUAUGUGUGGAGACACGUACGACCUAGACCAACUCCUUGCUCCCUUCCUUCUGCCCCAGCAUUGUCGUCCCGCCUCCAGUCUCAGCAGUGGCACCUCCGUUCUGCUGGAUCUUAAUGUAGGAGGUCAGAAGCAAAACAUGGAGCUGUCACUGCUGUCUUUCCAUUCCUCAUUCUCCCUCCGCAAGACUGGUCUGGUCCAUGGCUACAUUGCAGUCUACUCUGCCCGCCGAAAGGCUUCCAUGGAGACAUUGUGUGCUUUCCUGUGUGAGGUCCAAGAUAUCAUACCAGUCCAGUUGCUAGCAGUAGGGGAGAGUCAGAUGGAACUGACAGACUCAGAAUCGGCAAAGGAGCAAGUCAGUCAGGGAGAGGAACUGGCACAUGAAAUAGAGGCCAGAUUUAACACAGUAAUAUGUGGACAUGGUGGGGUAGUAGGGGGACUUCAUAAGAUAGACCUUUUCCAACCCUUCUUCAAAGAGGUCAUAGAGAAGCGCACUAUUGUUGAAGCCACACAUAUGUAUGACAAUGUGGCAGAGGCAUGUACCAAUGAGAGCAUCAGCCCUCGCUGUGGUUCUCCCAGUCCAGUUAACAUUCUUAUGGACUCAGAGGAUGAUAUUGACCCUUCACCACCUUACCCUACCCUGAGGGAGGAUGGUAGUCUUGGCUCCCACCUGGGAAGCUACAAGCUGCCAGAUCUGGAUUCAAGUGAUACAUUCUCUGUCAUUUCUGAGCUCAGCACUUUUGAGAGCAAGCUGAACAACAAGGUUCCUCCACAAGUGAAGCCCAAACCUGUCCGUAAGGUUAAUCUUGGCCCAUACAUGGACCAGCAGGGAGGCACCAACCGCCGCUCUUUGCCCCAAACUGUUACAUGGGCACCAGGUAGCGAUGGUGGCUAUGACCCCUCAGACUAUGCGGAGCCCAUGGAUGCGGUGAGCAAACCUAGACCCACAGAAGAGGAGAAUAUUUACUCUGUCCCUCAUGACAGCACACAGGGCAAGAUUAUCACCAUCCGCAAUGCCAACAAGGGUCACUCCAAUGGAAGUGCCGGGGGGAAUGGAUCAGACAGCGAGGCUGAUAGCAGCUCACUGGAGCGCAGGAGAAAGUUGUCUGCCAUUCAUGUAAAGCCUAAGCUUUAUAGAGACAGAUCCAAACGGCUUGGGAAGUUCAGCAAUUUUAGGACAAGCUUCUCUCUGGGCAGUGAUGAUGAGAUGGGGGGUCCACCCAAGACUAGCCAGGAUGAUGGAGGAGCACAGAAAGACUCCACUGAGGAGAGUGAGGAUCCAAAAAGGAGAAAUAUUCUCAAGAGCCUGCGCAGAAAUACAAAGAAACCACGACCCAAACCCAGGUAUUCUAUCUCAAAACCCAUCGAAAGCAACUACUUUGGCAUGCCACUGACCACCGUGGUCUCCCUCGAGAGACCCAUCCCCAUCUUCAUCGAGAAGUGCAUCCGUUUUAUCGAAACAACAGGGUUGAGCACAGAGGGCAUCUACAGGGUCAGCGGGAACAAAGCAGAGAUGGAGAGCAUGCAGCGGCAGUUCGACCAAGAUCACAGCCUGGAUCUAGUGGAGAAGGACUUCACCAUCAACACCGUGGCGGGAGCCAUGAAGGCCUUCUUCUCCGAGCUCCCAGAGCCUCUGGUACCCUACAGCAUGCAGGGAGAGCUGGUGGAGGCCUUCAAGAUCAACGAUAGGGAGCAGCGUUUCCAGACGAUGAAGGAUGCUCUGCGUCGCUUCCCCAAGGAAAACUACGAGGUCUUCAAAUAUGUCAUCAGCCACUUGAACAAGGUGAGCCAGCACAACAAGUUGAAUCUGAUGACCAGUGAGAACCUGUCCAUCUGUUUCUGGCCCACACUCAUGAGGCCGGAUUUCACCACCAUGGAUGCCCUGACUGCCACCCGCACCUACCAGACAAUCAUCGAGAGCUUCAUCCACCAGUGCGCAUACUUCUUCUACAAUCAGCCGCUGGCCGACGGUCUGCCAGGCUCCCCCACCUCCACACUCUCCGGGGGAGGAACCUCAGCCUACUCCUGCAUGGCCGGUGGCUACUCAUCCUCACCGACUCCGUCCCCAACUCCCUACGUCCUCCCCGCAACUCCUCCUGUCAUCCCCCACUAUGGCCCUCCGAUCCACCAUCAUCACCACCACCACCACCAUCACCAACACCAGUCCCCUCCUCAUUCCCCACCUCCUACCCCUCAGUCCCCGAUUCCAGCCUUGCUGCCGCCCUCCCUGCAUCCCCACCACCCCCCAACGGAACAACACACGCUGUGAACCAGGGAUCAAGGGAAAGAGAAAAAACAUAAAGACGGAUAACCAGAUUCAGCGAUUCAAGGGUUCAGGAUGAGACAUUUCGCAGUUUGGGAAGGAACUGAGGAAGAUAAAUUGAAACAACAACAGGAGCUAGGAGGUGAAGUUGGGAGAGACUGAGCGAGAUGCAGUAUGUACAGGGAGAAACCAACACAUUUGGGAGAAGAAAGGGGGCGUUUGAGCCUCUGUUGCUUUUAGAAAAAAUGGACACACAUACAAGCCAGGAAGAACCUUUGAACUUGCAUUAAGAUCUUCCUUCCUCCCCGCCACUUUAAUCCCUUUGUCUCUCAGUCUCACUUCAUCUAGACCUGCCCUCCUUGCCUUAUAGCGAAUCUACACACAAACACACUAAUGACGAGCGAGAUGUUGCCAGUAAUUGUUAAAGGGACUCAGGGAGGGAUUAAGAAGUACAGUGCAAAGGGGGAAUGUGAACUCUGUAAUGUUGGAACUGCUUCAGCGUACACAAAACCACACACACAUACACCCGACACAAACACCCAGUGGCCAGUGUGCCUCCAAACAGCCAUUCUCCUCAAUCUCUCAGCUCCUAACUGUGCUGGGAAAUAUGGUGGCCAGCACACGAUUUGUUUUGUUUUGUCUUUUUUUUUAUUUUUUAAGCAAAACCAACCCACCUGCUGUACGUUCCUGGAGGCUGUGGCUGGGAUGAAGUGGAGCAGACAGCGAGUCCUGAACAUGUUUUAUUUCACCACUGUACAGAGGACUUCAGCAAGAAACACGUGUUACUACUCACCCGACAGGAUGUUCUGGCCUCCGCGACUCACAAAUUACUAUCAGUCAACCCCUUUCACAGCCACACACACACACACACACACACACACACACACACACACACACACACACACACACACACACACACACACACACACACACACACACACACACACACACACACACAAACAAAA